AGGCCGCCGCGCGCCCGGCCGGCCCCCGCGCUGCACUGGCGGGGAGGGCAGCUGAGGCGAGCGGCGCCGGAGCGGGCCGGGCGGCCGCGGGAGAGCCCCGCGUCACCCCGCUUCCCAGCGCCCCGCGCCCCGCCCCGCGCGCAGGCGCACACCGGUCUCUCGGGUCCGCCCUUUUUUUGAGAUUUGAAUUUCCCCCAGUCCUGCCCGAGAGGCCAAAUCCCCGGAUGGUGAUCGCUGGCCUUUUCGCGCCAAUACUGUCGAGCCAGUGCGCAUCGGAAGUCACGGGGCCCUCUUCCUGCUGGCUCAGCCUGGAGACCAGCGAGGUUUGGCCAACAGCGUUUCUCUGAAUGAGCAGCUGCCCCUUGGAGCUCCGUGGGCCACGAUGAAGCCUGAGUGGGGCCCAGCCCUAGCGCAUGUGGCCCUGACCACCAGCCUAUGCGCAGCCAUCAUCUGCACGGGCGUCUUCGAGGGGGUUUCUGUCGACGUGGGCUUCGAGCACUAUGCCGAGCCACCUGUGGCCAGCCUGCCUGCCUUCCUGGCUAUGCCCUUCAAUUCCCUCAUCAAUGUGGCCUACAUGCUGCUGGGCUGGUACUGGCUGCAGAGGGGGUCCAGCGACCCCGGGUACCCCGCGGCACACGGGACACGGUACCUGCAACACGUCUUCGCGUCCAUGGCCCUGCUGUACGGCCCAGUGCAGUGGCUGCGCAUUGGGACCCAGGCACGCACGGCCGCCCUGCUCGACCAGUGGGUCACCUUGCCGAUAUUUGCGUGGCCAGUAGCCUGGUGCCUUUACCUGGACAGGGGCUGGCAGCCUUGGUGCUUUCUUGGCCUCGAGUGUCUGUCCCUGUGCAGCUAUGGCCUGGCCCUGCUGCACCCCCAAGGCUUCGAGCUGGCGCUGGCCGGGCACAUUGCAGCCGCCGUGGGCCAGGCCCUGCGCUCUCAGGGGCGCCGUGGCAGCGCCGCCUCCGCCACCUAUCUGGCUCUGGCUGUGCUCUCCUGCCUGGGCUUCGUCGGGCUCAAGCUGUGUGACCAUCAGCUCGCACACUGGCCCCUCUUCCAGCGGCUCACAGGCCACUUUUGGUCCAAGGUCUGCGACGUGCUGCAGUUCCACUUUGCUUUCUUGUUCCUGACCCACCUGGGCCCUCUCCGGAAGCCAACACGAGACGGGAAGGCUCGCUGAAGUGGGCCAGCCAUUCUGCCGUCACAGUGUUCACCACCCCCCCACGCCCCUCUCAGUAUUAGGGACUGAGAGCCUCUGCUCUCAGCUUGGAGGCACAACCUGUGUGUGUUCUCCUUGAGACUUUUCUGUAACGGGAAAUUUUCCUAAUAAAA